GAUGAGCGCAGCUCUCUCGUUCAGGACUGUUGAACUCAAACUCAUCCUCAUUUUGCUCUUUCAUCACAUCAACAUCAGCAUUCACUGCAGGACUGUGUCCACAGGUCUGAAUGAGUGAGAGCGAUAGAAGAUGGCCAUUCAUGUGGAAGGACUGCUGGCCAUUGUUAUCUUUUACGUGUUGAUUUUAAUUGUUGGAAUCUGGGCGGCGUGGAAGAACAAGAACUCCGGCAUCUCUGAGGGAAUAGACCGCAGUGAGACGAUCAUGGUCGGCGGGCGAGACAUUGGACUGUUUGUAGGUGGAUUUACAAUGACUGCCACAUGGGUUGGAGGGGGUUAUAUCAACGGCACUGCAGAGUACGUGUAUCUGCCCGGCUCUGGUUUGGCUUGGGCUCAGGCACCAUUUGGUUACGCACUCAGCUUGGUAGUAGGUGGCUUAUUCUUUGCAAAACCCAUGCGCUCAAGGGGUUACGUGACUAUGCUCGACCCCUUCCAGCAGCUCUAUGGGAAGAGAAUGGGUGGACUUCUCUUCAUUCCAGCUUUACUUGGAGAGAUAUUCUGGUCUGCUGCUAUUUUAUCAGCAUUGGGUGCAACACUGAGUGUGAUUGUAGACAUCAACAUCAACAUGUCUGUUGUGAUAUCUGCUUUAAUUGCUAUUUUCUACACACUGGUGGGUGGACUGUAUUCCGUAGCGUACACUGAUGUCGUUCAACUUUUCUGCAUUUUUCUGGGUUUGUGGAUGAGUGUGCCGUUUGCUCUGUCAAACCCUGCUGUGUCAGACAUCAGUUUUACCGCUGUAAACACAGUGUAUCAGUCACCGUGGCUGGGUGAGAUUGAUCCAUCUGAUGGUUGGAUGUGGGCUGAUAACUUCUGUCUGCUUAUAUUGGGUGGGAUCCCAUGGCAGGUGUAUUUUCAGCGUGUUCUCUCUGCUUCUUCUGCGAGUUAUGCUCAAGUCCUGUCAUUCCUUGCUGCUUUCGGCUGUUUAGUCAUGGCUGUUCCCUCUGUGCUGAUCGGAGCUAUUGGGGCAUCCACAGACUGGAAUCAGACAUCAUAUGGUUCGAUUCCUCCAGUGGAGAAGGAUGAAUCUGAUAUGAUCUUGCCCAUUGUACUCCAGCACCUCUGCCCACCCUUUGUUUCCUUCUUUGGUUUGGGGGCAGUGUCAGCUGCGGUGAUGUCAUCAGCGGACUCAUCUAUUCUUUCUGCUAGUUCCAUGUUUGCACGAAAUAUUUACCAACUCGCUUUUCGUCAGUCAGCGUCAGACCGAGAGAUUGUGUGGGUGAUGCGGAUCACUAUCUUUGUGUUUGGGGCGUUAGCAACCGCUAUGGCUCUCCUAACUGGCUCUGUUUAUGGUCUGUGGUAUUUAAGCUCAGAUCUGGUGUAUGUCAUCAUCUUCCCACAACUCCUCUGUGUGCUCUUCAUCAAGGGUACAAACACCUACGGAUCCGUCGCCGGGUACGUCUUCGGCCUGCUGCUGCGGAUCGGUGGGGGUGAACCGUAUCUCAAGUUUCCACCGUUCAUCUACUACCCUGGCUGGGAAACCAGGGAGAAGGUGCACCAUCUCACCCAGGAAGUGGAAAGCUUUGUAGAACAGAGGUUCCCUUAUAAGACAGUCUCUAUGCUGGCUUCGCUCUUGAGCAAUGCAGCUUUCUCAUAUUUGGCCAAGUAUCUGUUCGAGAGUGGAACUCUUUCUCCGAAGUAUGACUUCCUGGAUGCAGUAGUUUCUAAGCACAGUAAAGAAACGAUGGACAAGACGACCCUUGUCACCAGUGACAACAUCAUUCUGUCUGAAUUGGCACCAGUGAAGCCCAGACACGGAAGUUCUCUCGCAGGAACGUUUAUAAACACAGACGUACUUACUGGAGAGGGAGACAUUAGUCCAGACUUUAAUGAUGAUCAUGAGUAG